AUGGAUAGAGCUAUCUUCCUAGCUUUGUCCACUUCUGCAAGGAACCGGUACAUUCAUCAUGCAGGAUUUGCUGAAGGAAGUUCUGAGGAAGAAUUGCCCGAUGAAAUACAGCAUAACCAACUGGGAGUGUUGGAGCAGCACGGAGCACGAAAACGCUGGUUGAAACAGUUUUAUAAGUUGCUAGAGGGAGGGUGCAUUGUACCAUCUAGUCCUCGGUAUGAAAUGCUGAGGCGUAACAAGCAGUCAUUACCGUAUUGCAUUGUAUUCAGCCAACUACUGGGUUUAUGGUGCAACAACAAAAUGCAGAGUUUGUUGGAGGGAGUGGCGAAUGUCCAAUGCCAGCUCCGACUUACCCUCUUCGAUACCACAUAUUCCCAUUUUUUUGGCAGAACCUGGAAGAGUUCUCCACAGCCCAUAAUGCACACCCAUGGCCAGCCAGCCAAAGUGUUCUUCAAUCAGAGUGUUUACUUCCACACCCCUCUAAACUGUUCCCACAUUGCGAUCAUUGUGGAAGUCGUCGCGAUUGCGAAGAAGCGUGAAGCUAAUGAACGUGUCCUGUCAUGUGGGUUUGGAAUUCUGCAUUUGUGUGGUAGACAGAAAUGUACACCAGAUACUGCUAAAGGUCAGAAUAUUAAAAGAUUGAGUCUCUAUCAUGGUACACCAAGAGCUUUGCUGCAUCCAAAGUUACAGGACCCCAUUGAAAAGAAUACAUUUAUGACAUUGAUUGAAGGAAGCACUAUUCUUUACUCAUUUUCGACUCAUCCUCCACUAAUGGAAGCUAGUCACCUCAUCCCAGAAAACAUGCUGAUUGCUGGGUCAGAAACUGUUCCAGGGCUGGUUGCACCUUCUAAACCGACAAGCAACGUUUUGAAGAAACCCAAUUUAAUGAAGACUGUAACUUGCUACUUAGACAAGCUGUCCCUUCAGCUUUACCCAACACUAGAGAAAUUUGAAGAGGAGCUGGUGGAAUUGAUUAAUGCAGACCGACUGCUUAAGAAUGAUCAAGUUUCUGAUGGAAACACAGUUGUCAUUCAAGAACGAAGGCUGCAUGUUUGCGUCCACAACAGCUGGUGUUACGUUCAGAAGCCGCAGGUAGUAGUUUUGAUACCUGGGACAGUGCAAGGAAAAUCCAGGAACCUCUCCAAAAGUUCGCAAAAAACGUCCCUGGUCCUCCGGAGCCGUAUCCAACUGACAGAAAUGGUAAAACUGCCAAUGUUUGCUAUAGUUUUCCACCUGGAAUAUGUGUUCUCCAGCUCCACGGGAGCAGAUGGGAAGUUAUCCUCUUCUACCUCUUCUUUGGACAAUACGGCGUACAUGCAAAUCCUACGUUGGGCUGUUUGGAAUCCGUUUUUGGGAUCUCAUGCUUCUGAUGUAACGAUAUCACUUCAUGGUGGAUCUUCACCCAACCCAAGUAAUUUGCUGGUUUACAAAACACCUUCCACUGACAUGAGCUCAGAAGAGGUGAAGCAGGUGGAAUCAGGCACCAUCAGUUUUCAUUUCUCGUGCCGUUCGGAUAAGCGUGCAGACAACAAUGCUGAGCUGAGUGGUUCCACAAAGUCAGGCGGAGCGCUGAGUUCGCAAAAUUCUUCAUUCCGCAGAAAAACCUCUGACGCUUCAAAAUAUCCACCUGAGCAAAUGGAACCUAGAGGCAGCACUGAUCAUAUACCCUUUGAUGCUGUAGAGUCCCAGGCCACUGAACAGCUGCAAGAAUUGCCUUUCACACCAAUGCAGGCACCGAUCCUCACCUUGAUGACUGAGUCUGAACGAGCUACCACUGUGACUUCAAGAGCAGCUUUAGCGCAGUUGCAUGCUGUUGGCUUCCCUGAGAUCCUAGAUGAUAACAAUGAGCUGGCAACAGUGAUUGACCCUGAUGAACUUUCAAACUUUAAUCUGCAGAAGGAAAAAGCAGACCAUCUUCAGAGCAAUGAGAUAAUUCUUCAAUUUCUAGCUUUCAGCAGAGAACCCGAGGGCAGUAGUCAACCAGGAUCAAUCUACUUCACCUUCCAGUUUUAUCGCUUCUCACCAGUAACAACACAGCAGCUGCACCUUGUCAAGUUGCGCAACCCACAAAAGAAAACUUUGAAGUUUACACCUUUCAUUCUUAUACCACUAAAUAAAAAUGGUACUGGUAAUUUAGAUUCUCCAGGGCUGGAGCUGAAAUUCAUGGUGGAGCCGAGUUAUAUGAAGGAAGGAGAACAGCGAUGGUUUAUGCAAUAUCUGGCCACGCAGACGUUGCAGAUUGAUGUCUGGGAUGCAGAAUCCUUACUUCUGAUUGGCACAGCAACUGUGGAACUGAAGUAUUUGCUACGCCAAGGUCAUACAGCAGUCCAGGUUUCUCACGAGUUGCCAGUCAUAACCACAGAAUACACCCCAGAUGUACCAAUGGCUUUGGCUAAUAUCACCAAGCAUGGCACUGUUAAGCCUUAUGGAAUGACAACAAUAACGAAGGGAAGACUACAUAUGCGACUGGGGAACGUUGGUCACCAGCCUAAGCGGACAGCAAAGAAUCCGAUUCCUGUUUCUGAGUCAAGGAUCAUCUCCUCACAGGAUAGAACCAGUGGUUUUUCUGGUGGGAGCCUAUCGACAAGAAGUCCGAAAAAACUCAGUGCUUUAAACAUGUAUAGAGCACAACGAAUGGUAGACUUGGACAGUGAGCUGGCUUCUGUCCUUUUCUCCAGAGCACGAAUUGACAACUUUGGACAACAAGAUCUAGAUAGUGACGCGGAUAUCCUUCGGAAACGGAAGCUGCGGAGGAUGAUGGCUGUUCGACAGCUGGAGUCCGGUGUCGAUCUUAAAUCGAAGACCCACGUUUUGACUAAACACGAGGAGCGAAAGCAUCAUGAGAGAGACUUGCAGAUCAUCAAUGCGUACCGGGAGCGGAUUAAAUCGGAAAGUAUCAGCAGGAUGUUAUGCCAGGCCAUCACCACACAGUACACUUUGUAUGCCACACUUGGAAAUGCUGAAUUUUUUGAGUUUUCUCUGAAAAAUCCCUACAGUGUUCAACACACAAUAACCAUUGAGUGCGAACAUCCAGAACUCAGCGUCAUUGUGAACAGCAGAGAAUGGAAAUACUUCAAGAACCUCACGAAAACACUGACACCGCUGGAGGAGGACAUGUUCCAUAUUGAAGGAGGAGUACAGUUUCCUCAGCUCUACCUACGACCAAAGGAGACUGUCUACAUCCCAUUUAAAUUCCAGACCUUCAGUGCUGACCAUUCCAUUGCUCCACAGGGUCCGGCAGACGGGAAAUUUGCAAAAAAGAAUAUCAUUCAUCAACAGGAAACCAACCCCACAACCAAGAAAAUUGAAGUCUCUUUCAAAAUUGAAAAUCAGAAGCCGAUUGCCAUCCUUCAGGUGAAUGUUGAAGCUCAACCCUAUGUUAUUGAUCAAACAUUUCGCUUUUAUCACCCUGAAAUGACAUUCCUGAAGAAAUCAAUCCGCCUGCCUCCGUUGUACACUCUGUCAGGUCUGACAGUACAGUCACCGAAUGCUGAGCUUCAGAUCAACGUUCGCUGCAGUGAUUUCAACAUCAUUUGUGAGACAAAAAAAGUGGCCCUAAAUGAGCCUCAGGAUGUUUUCCUGAAAGUGGCGUGUGGCCCCAGUCCAGAGGUCAAGAAGUUCUUUGUCAUUGUUUACAUGGACCCCUGGGUGGCAGUGCCCGUCCAGAUAUGGCAGUUCUACAUACACUCCAUGCAAAAGAUUGAUGUGAGCUGUGUGGUUGGGGAACUUACUCAACUCUCCCUGGUUCUACGUGGGACACAAACUGUCCGGAAAGUCGCUGCUUAUACCUCAAGUCCUGAAGAGUUGCAGACUACACCCUCAGAUGUCUUCUUACUUCCACCACACACAGUGAAGGACCUGCACAUCAGUGUACGUCCUCAGAAAGAAGGAGAUCGCUGUCUCCACCUGAAUGUGGUGGAUGUCGAUUUUCGCCAGCUGGUAGCCUCUUGGCUAAUCUGCUUAAGUUGUAUGCAGCCCACCAUCUGUAAGGCUUUUGAGAUCUCUAUUCCCAUUGGGGAAGGGAGAGGUAGCAACAAGCGCAUCAGCUACACCAAUCCCUACCCGAACACACGGAUGUUCUUCCUGAGGACCAACCGGCCGGAUUUACUACAGUACAAAGAAGACUCUUUCGAGCUUGAUGGUGGUGAGACUUACCAUAUCGGUCUGCGGUUUGCACCAGGCCAGAAUCCCGGUGUGGAGGAAAUCUUGAUUUUAAUUAAUGACCAGGCUGAGAAAAAUGAAGCAACUUAUUGUGUGAAAGUUACUUAUCAGUAAAAUGUCUACUUGGAUGCCUGGUAAACCGGCAUCUUUGAAGUGAGUGCAUUUUGAAAGAGACAUGGAUCCCAUAACUCAACGACAAGCUUGCUGUAAGAGAGGUCCAUGCAGAAGCUGAUGUGUGUAUGCCGGAGUGAUGAUAAAACAGCUCUGCAAUAAGACACAACUGUUGCUCAGCAAAAAGUGAAAGUUCUCCUUUAAACCGUCAUACUUGUGACUACUGGUUCCCUGCCUAGUGCUUUGCAUUGGUUUGAAUACGCUGAUACGUUUUAUAUCCCGCACUGUUUUCACAACUUAGUUUCUAAAAUAUCUCUCUCCCAUAAUCUUAAAAUAUUGCAACCCUUUAGCGAUCUUAGUGAUUGAUAGUCUAGGAACUCCAAGCCUUAUCCUUCUCUAAAAAUGUUUGCUAUUCCUUUCAUCUCACUGGCAAUCUCCCACCCACUUCAUUCUACUAGCAUUAAGUACAUUAUCAACAUUUUUAUUACUUCGAGAUUCUCCUGUUGGCCCCAAGCCCCACCUUCAAAUUACUCCAAUUAACCCACAAAUGUAUCCAUCAUCUCCUGUCUUGUUCCAGGUCCUCUCAUCAGCAGGCCGCAUUCGCCUCCAAUGCCUCUCAGUUACUAGCACAAAAUCCUUGAAAUCAUCAGCCUCGUUUAUAAUCCCUCCCUGGCCUCACCUCACCCAGUGCCUUUCAGCUGAGACUCCGUGUAUUGUUCAUUGUGAUGUUUGAUAGUGGAGCCAGCUCCUGUAUCAAUGCAGUUCUGAUGUUCCAUCCCAUGAUCCACACCUUCAGUUUUUAUUUUAAAACUCCGCUUCAGAAACAUGGUGUUGCUUAACUUUUCAAAUUAUUGUUUGUUUCUUGCUCUGGAACAUGUAACAUCUCAGCCCAUUUUAUUAUGUUUAGGUGGUAAAUGCAAACUAUCAUCGUUUAUCAAUGAUUUAUUUGAACAUGACCCUUAAUAAUAACUAUUCACUGUAGAGUCCUAGAGCUGUACAGCACAGAAAAAUGCCAUUCAGAGCAUCAAAUAUGUACUGGUCACAAACAAGCACCUAGUAUUCCAAUCCCAUUUCCCAGCUUUUGACCCAUAGUCUUGUGUGCAUUGGCAUUGCAGGAGCACAUCUAAAUAGUUCUUAAAUGUUAUGAGGGUUUCUGCGUCUAUCACCCUUACAGGCAGUAAGUUCCAGAUUCCCAUCAAUCUCUGCCUGGGAAAAUAAAUCCUAACAUCCACUCUGAACCUCUUGCCCUUUGUCUUUAAUCUAAGCCCCAGUCAUUAAUCCCUCCACUGAGGGGCUGGGGGAGGGAGAGUUCCUUCCUGUCUACUCUAUCUUUGCUCCCCCAUGUAAUUUUAUACAUCUCAAUUAUGUCCAUCUUCAGCCUCUUCUGCACUAAAGUCUGUCCAAUCUCUCUUCAUAAAUAAAACUCUCUAGCCCAGGCAACUCAAUGGUAAAUCUGCCCUGUAGCUUUGGCUAGUACCCUCCACCUUCCCAAAACAAAAACAUGCAGCUCUCCUGCUGGCGCUCUGAUCUCUGUGGUUGACAUUUUUCAUUUAAUUACAAGUUGACCUUACUCCCUAACAUCAAAGUAAUGUACGAGUUGAUGUUAUAUUUUGAUGGUCCGUCUGCAUUCUGACAUCACAGAAAUCAGCAGUCAGUGUGUUAAUCUUAAGUUUAUCUCGUUUGACCUCUUGAGAGCAAUAGUACAGAAAAGACAUGGUAAGAGCAGCUAUUUGAUGGUUGCAACUUUAGCCAGUGUUGUUAGAGAAAAAAGAAGCUUAUUUCAGACUGUAGAAAGCGGACCUGGACCAGUCCAGAUUUCUGCUGAUAAAACAGUAGCUGAGAGGUCUGGAAUUCUCAAAUGGAGCAUCAUGUGUGGCCAUUGACCUGAUGUAUGAGGCCUGUCCUCUGCUUGGCUGGGGACAGGUGACAUCCAGACCAACAGGACUUGUCUGCACCAACAGUCGGUAUGCACACCUACAGGCAUUAUCCAAACUUGCAGUCAGUUCAUCAAAUAUCAUUUCAAAUCCACAUAGAGACACAAUGUUAAUGACAUUUUAUUUUGUACUGAGAAAUACAAUCGAGUCCCUGAGCAUUUAUUUUUAACCUUUGGCCUGUCUGCAUUUUCUAGGCUGUAGUAGUAACACAUAGCUGCCAGAAACCUGGUGUAUUUACUGUUUGGAUAAGUUGGUCCUUUUUGUAAUGAAUAAAUAGUGCAAAAUAUAUUUUUAAAUAGAGAAGAUGCUGAUUCACUAUAA